AUGCCGUCCCCUUCGUCCCACCAGCACCCGCCCUCGAGGGCGUUGGUGAUCGGGACAGUGUCUUUUUACUUGGUUGCUGCGUUGGCGAUGGUUAUGGUGAAUAAAUGGGUCCUUAAUAUCACGGACACUCCCCUGUUCUUCCUCCUAUCACAGCUCGUAAUUGCGGUCAUUCUCUUCCUAUUGGCGCAUAUGGCCGGUAUGCUCCAACUACCCCUCCAACUUGACACGCAAGUGUGCAAGGGCUUGAUACCCAUGGUUGGCCUAAACGUUAUCGGGCUCAGCUUCAGCAACUAUACCCUGAAAUAUGUCGACGUGCCGUUCUACCAAGUUGCGCGCGGCAUGGUUCUCCCCUUCACCGUCGGCACCUCGUUCUUCCUGUUGCACGCCCGGCUGUCACUCCGUAUCCUCCUUGCCUGCGGCGUAGUCACUAUCGGCUUCUUCGUCGGUGUCUUCCUGGAUGGCACUGAAGUCUCUCUGGUUGGCAUCAUAUUCGGCGUCCUAAGCUCGAUGAUCACCGCCCUCCACUCUGUCGUCAUGAAGAAAAGCCUGGAUGUUGUGCAUGGCAGUGCGCUGCACCUCUCCUGGUACACGAACCUCAUGAGCGCCGUCGUCCUGGCGCCCAUCAUCAUCCUCGUCGGCGAGCUUCCCGGGGUCAUGAAGCUCUUGUUCGGCGCGAACGAGAACACCGCGGGCCAUAUGAGCACACUCGCGAUGUUUGUUAUGGGCUCCCUCAUUACGGCACGUAUCCUGAGACCGCCCGGUGUGUUCGGCUUCCUCGUGAGUCUCGCGAGUUUGAUGUCAAUCAAAGUCACUUCGCCCAUCACGCUCCGCCGUGCGCGGUGUUGCGGCGUCCCCGCGCGGCUUCCCUCGACAGAUGCCCGAAGGUGA